AUGCGUAUUCAAACACGUCCACACUCAGUAUAUUUGUCCGAAAAUCUUUCAAAAAAUUAUAAAAUAAUUAAUUCUCCUCCUUCACCUGGUGGAACUAUCGAUUCUGGAUUUUAUAGUAUUAAUGGUAAUAAUGAUGAUAAACAAAGUACUGUUAUUAGAGAUAGAAGAAGCUUACCAGCAUAUAAAAAUAAUAAUAAUACCCUUAUUAGACAUAGCAGUCUUCGUGGUGUUGGUGAGACUGAAAAGACCGAAAAGAGUUUACCAGUGAUUGAUAUGUCAGAAUUAACAAAAAAAUGGUCGGAUUGGUUUGAGCCUUCGGUAUUGGAUUGGUUGAGUAGCAAUAUUUAUGAAACAUCACUUCCUUCACCACCACCAAAAGCUCAUUCAAAAGAUGAUGGCAAUAAUACUGAAAACGACAAAAAAUCUAUUAGAUAUAGUGAUGCUCCUAGCAUCAGAUUGCGUUCUACCGGUCGUCCAUUUUCUUUACAAUCGAUACAAUCAAUAUUAUCGGGUAAUCCGGAAGACGUUAAAACAGUGACUCCCUCUACUUAUCUAGCUAAAGUCAUAGAAGGUGAAACUGUUACAAGACAUUAUUACAAUAGAGAUAUUGAAUCAAAUAUUAAUAACAACAACAGUUUAUCACCUUACGAUGCAACAAACAAGAAAUCAACUGAUUUAGAAUCUAUCGUAUUAUCAACUGAAUUCUCUGAAAAAUCACAUGAAACUAUUAAUGCUUUUUGA